GGUGGGGGUGCCUUAAGGCGAAGCUUUCGUUGCUUGUUUGCCGACGCCCGCGGCUAAAGACUGGAGCAGGAGAAAGGAGACAGAAAGGCGGGCGUAACCGAAUCAAGCUCCCCCGUCGCGGUUCAGAUGACGCGCGGGCAAGACGGGACCGACCGAGCGACCUCGCGUCCUGCGCGACGCACGGACACGUCGUCGCGAACACCGUCCUUCCCCAGGAGCCCGCGAGUGGCGCGUAGCGCGCGCUCUAGUAUCCAAACUCAUCGCCCGGGCCUUUCCUGUCUUCUCGGUGACGCGCCCAUUUUCUUUUAUUUUUUUUUAAGCUUCCCUACUUUAAUCUUCGCCUUUUGUCCUUUUGCCGAGCACAAAACGCGCGUAGUCGAAAAGGAAACACGAAGCAGAAAAGACGCGGGAAGAGGAACGAAGAAGUGAGCACGAGAACGGAAUGAACAGGGAGAGCCGCUGCUGCUGAUGCUCCGUGCUCCCUGUAUUGACUGGCAUUAGCAUAAUAAGGCGGUCGCCAUGGAGACCAGUGUGUGCGGCGGAACGCGUUGUUCGCGAUCCCGCCUCCUCCUCCUCCUUUUCCAAGCGGAGCGGGAGAGAGGGGAAGGGGGUGGGAGCCCGGUCGCUUCACUCCCGCGGCUCAGACACCAGCAGAGCGUCUGCGAGCGCGCCAAGCGAGAGGUUGUCGACCCGUCGUCUUCGUCUCUGUCUCAUAUGGACAGCGAUGCUUCGGUGCCCAGCUUUGACCCUCCCUGAACUCUCUUCGACGACUGCGCUUGUCUGUCGUGAGGACGCUGUCUGCCAAUGUGAGGAGCCCUAAGAGGAAAGAAAAGCAACAUCCUGAGGAAGCCCCAAGUCGGUCGGCGUUUAUAGUGACGAAUCAAGGAACUUUCUUCUUAUUUUUCCGGACGGGAGAAUCUGCCGCCAACGGCGUGGGCACCGACACCGAAGCGUCAUCAAUCGUGAUGAGCAGCCAUUCAUCGUCAGCAGAACUGCCGUAUCUAUGAUUGCCUAUAAGUAGAGGACCACCAAACUACGAACUGAAUGUGAACUGCCUCUCAGUCCCAACAAGUUUCGAUUGGCUUCUUAUACUUUAGUGUUAGCUUUCUCGGCGCUCACUGUACGAAAAUUCCUUAAAUUUGAGGGCGGUACUUUAUGCGGCACUACUAUGCGUGGAAACAUGGGCCAACUGUAUCGAGUAACAUCGCACGUGACGCAGUGACGCCGAGUAUAGUGCUCACGUGACGUCUUGCUUUCGUUUACGCAAAGGAACAUGCAGUCUUCCUCACUCACGUGUCCUCAAACUGUGAGGUCUGCUGACUAGCUGUGCUCUAACGGCUGGGCACUUAACAGAACGGACGUUCGCAUUUAUGGCUCUCACUGAACAAAGUUCGCGCGGCACCUUUCGUAUUUGGCGUGCGCUCGCUCAUCCAACGACGGUGACUCUGACUGAACUUCGGGAGCAGCCCACCGGGGGCGCAGGCGUGGUGCGGAGGCGGACACGCCCAGAUACGUCAAGAACAAGCCCCCCCGGUAACAGCUGUGGAUGCUGCCAACUCACUCAAGCAUCUCCUCAAGUAAGCCCACGACGCGUGCACUGCAUGGACGGAUGGACACUGAGCGAUCCCGCGGGAGUAACCGCCGCAACGACCACGAUCGUCCGUCCCUGCGUCGAGAGCCGGAUGGCCCCGGUUCGACGAGACGCCGCCUCUCUAUCGGAGUCCGACGAUGACGCUCAGCUGGACGCGACACUCGAGGGCGAAGCAGACGGACACGUCAUAGACGGAUUCCUCAGAUCUCGGGGCGCACAUUUUCCUGCCAAAACGUGCUUGCAGUGCUCUACGUCACCAAGGGCGCCCGAGGCGAACGUCACCGAGCUAGCCGGGGCCUCCAGGUAAAUUCCUCAUUUCUGCGAACCUGGGUGAACGCUCGAAAGGCAAGUUUGUACGCAAGAGCCGUAAGUCAGAACAGGCGCCGGCCAAUAAUGGCAGCUCACACGCUGUUCGGUGAGGGCCUGUAUGCGCUGUCUUGACCCCACAAAUAAUUAGACGUACACAGCGAGUGAUCUGUUAUCUGUUAGAAGAACGGAUACCUUUACCGUUGCCCAAAUUUACGAUUGUUUCGUGCACCGUUACUCAUUGUGGGUAUAAAAAACAGAAAGAAAAAAGAGAAAGAAAAAUAGUUCAUCGGCGUUUUAAGGCACCCAAUGUCGCGAGAGCUCUGCGUCGCCUAGAUAACCCAAGAAGGAGGAUUGCACGAGUUGUAGAAGGAAAGAAAGAAAAAAAAAAAUAAAGGAUGCACAAAUGCUUAUCAGCAUAGCUUUGAGGCGCGCUCGCAGCCCCACGUGAAAAAUUCUGCUUCGGAGAACUGAUCCCGCCGGCUGCUUUCUCCCGUGUCGCGCUGCCGUUAGUCGAGAAAGCAUUCCUGAACUGCGAUUAAGCAAGAAGCCCGCACAUUCGAGCAAAACGCAAGACUCCUACGUAUAAAAAACGACGCCGCCCCCCUCUCCCUCCCCCCAGGAAAGAUAUAUACACGUAAUAAUAAAAGAACAAGAACACCGGGCAUGGUCAGUGCCGGAAUCCGUUAAAAAGCUGGUCGCUGCUCGAGAGAGACCCAGCCAACCACAAGUAAACCGCCGCCGGCUGCCUCGCUUCAAAAUCUACGGCUCUGCUCUUCUUCGUUCGCCGCGACGUUAAGCUUAUUGGUUCGGCGGACACGGCGUAGAGGAUAAUCCUGUCCAGACUUCCUUCCUGGCUCGGCGUAGAUUAAAUAAGGGAUUUGCAGAGCGGCGAACAGGCGGAUACAAGUAUACAUAAUAAAACGGGAAAACGAGAACGAUUGGCCUCUGUCUCCAUCUCACUGUCCCUCACUCCCUUUCUUUUUUUAAUCGCGUGUCCCGAAACGUUUCCCUGAUAGGCGUGCGCACGCCGAGAUAGCGGAGGAAGGACAACGGGCUUCGCUUUCCCCUCACUCCCGCAUCGUCAACCGGUCUUCUCCUAGAACACACAAAUCUCUCCUGGUUGCCUGUCCCUUCUCAUUCGCCUCAAACGCGGCAGGCAUUCGAGUAUACUGCCUUUCGUUACAUUUUAACGCGAAAGAGAUCGGUUCUUUAUAGAGACGGUGAGUUACCGCCAUCCCCCCCUCCCCCUUGUCU